CUACUUUAUAACGUACUUUGAAACAUAUUCUUUUUGAGAAAUGUUUUUAGUAGAAUUAUUCGUACAGUCAUAGUCGUAUGAUAUUUGACAAUGAUGGAUAAUAACAAAAUAAUUUCAAGACCGAAGGUUAGAUUUUUUCAAUUUUCUGAUAAUGUGCGAGAUAAAGAAGAGAUCGUUGAACAAUGUGAAGAACAAACUGAUCCACAAACAAACCGUCCAAGAAUUAGAGAAAUUCGAUCUCUCGAGAAACCUGUCAGAAUUGUAGAUCCUACCAAAUCCACAAGUGUUCUUGAAAAGAAUAUACCUUUGAAUACUCAUGAUACUGAUUCCUCACUAAGAUUAGAUUGUACUACAAAUAAAAAUAUUCAAAAUGCAUCUCUACCCGAGAAAAGUACACCAGCAAUUUUGCGUAAUGUAAAUGAUAUUCGAAAUACAAAGAAAAAUUGCAAAAUAUCGCAACUCGAUAAGAGUUCUCAAGAUGGUUUAAAAGAUUGUACAAAGAAUUUGCGACAGAAGGGAAAGGAGAACAAGGAUACACUAAUUAAAAAGAUUACAUCCAAUAAAAAUAUAAGCAAGACGAAAACAGGAAACUCUCAACAUGUACAAUCACGAGAAAGAUUUAAAUCAUCCACAAGUAAUGAUCGUAUACAAAAGAUAAAUGUUGUAGACUUAAAAAAAUCAAAAAUAAAACCACAAUCUGCCUUGAAUAUUAUGAAUAAAACAAAAAAUCAAGUGACCGAAAGGAGAAUUCUUAAUGCAAAACCUAUAACAUCCAAUGUUAUGUCACGUUGUAAAACUGUUACAAAAAAUAAAAUGUCUCCAGUUAAGAAAACUGUAUUGCGUAAUGUAUCAGGUCCUAAAAUCAAAACAUCUGUGGGACCAGGAAUUUUUUGCAAAAUGCAGGAUGAUAAAAUUGUGAAAACAAAAGUAAAUGAAGGACAUACUGCUACAUUGGAUUCUCCUAUGGAUUUGGCACAACCAGAAUAUAAUUCUAUUAUGUGUAUUGUUGAUAAGCUAAGAGAACUUGAGCAGCAAAAGAUUGUUACAGAUAUCCAUCAUUUGCCAUCUACACUAAAGAAUUGUAUCAAUGGAAAGAUUUCAGCAGCACUUGAUUUCCCAUUAGAUGAGGCAAUUUAUACAAAUUUGGUAGAUUUGAACAUAGAUGAGAAACAAUUGCCAUCUAUCAUUACACGAAGCAAGGAUCCAGAACCACGGCAAAAAGAUAUGACACCAAAACUUUCUGAUUUCUUUAUACCCGAAGAUACAAAGGAGAUUUGUGAGGCUGUGCAAGUUAAACCUCGAGCGCCAAAAAUUGAUGAAAAUUGGAAUGCUUUCAAAAUUAGUGAUAGAAUACUUGAAUGGAAACAUAGUAUAGAUGAUAUAGAUUAGAAUGAGUCUUCCUAUAUAUUUUCUCUAUAAAAAAAAAUUGUCUAAUUGCUAAACCAAGUUGCCAUAUGAUGAAAGUAUAAAAUAAUAAGUAGAAAAACGUGAAAUAACAAAUUGUCAGCUAGAAAUAUAAAAUGUGAUUAUUUAUUUCAUAUAUAUUUCAACAUAUAGAACAAAAUAAUUA